AUGUCUUCCGAUUCAGACGAUAUGCCUUUAGCCAAGGCAAACAGACGUGUCUCUGCAGCCCACAUCUCGAAAGACGACGACAAAGCUAUGGACAAGGCUGAGGCAAAGACAGAUUAUGCUCCUGAGGGAGUCUCGGUCCGGAACGGCCCAGUCCUGGAUGACAAGAUGGACGUUGACGAACCAGCCACGAAUGGCAAUGCAAAGCGCAAAGCAAGGACUAGCACUGCAAAGGCCGUCAAUUACAAUGUCGAUGGAAGUGAGGGCGAAAGUGACGAGGACGCAGCGCCAUUGGCCAAGCGUCAAAAGACGGCAAAGAAGCCCGCGGAAUCCGAGUCCGAUGAUGAUCAGCCGUUGGCCCGCAAGAAGGCCAGCAAGCUUCCACCGAAAAACGACGUGGCUACAGUCGGUAUAGAUACUUCUGAUGACGAACCUCUUAACACGAAGCUUGCCAAGCAAAAGGCCUCAAUUGAAAAGAAGGCUGAGAAGGAAGCUAAGGCUAUACGUGCAAAGGAAAGCAAGGCGAAAAAGCCCACCCCGAAGAAAGCAGUCAAGAAAGAGGAAUCCGACAGUGAAGGUGACGUUAAGCCGAAGAAGCGGAAACCGAAUGGUACUGCAUCUACAAAGAAGACGAAUGGCGUGAAGAAGGAGGAGUCCGACUCAGAUGUACCACUCGCGAAGAAAGCCGCUGUGAAGAAGACCAACGGCAGAGCUAAAUCCGAAGACUCCUCUUCCACCAAAAAGGGGAAGGGUAAAAAAGAUGAGAGUGAGGAAGCGGAGGAGGUCUAUCGUUGGUGGGAUGCUCCCAAGAAGGAGGACGACAGCAUCAAAUGGGAGACCCUGCAGCAUAAUGGUGUCGUUUUCCCACCACCGUAUGAACCUCUUCCUGAGAAUGUCAAGUUGCUGUAUGACGGGAUUCCACUCACCCUCUCUGUCGAGGCCGAAGAAAUCGCAGGAUUCUUUGGCGCUAUGCUAAAUUCCACUCACAACGUCGAAAAUCCAACAUUCCAAAAGAACUUCUUCGAAGACUUUACCGAGGAGGUCAGAAAGACUGGUGGAGCUAAAGACAAGGAUGGUAACCUGGUCGAAAUUAAAGAGUUUUCCAAGCUGGACUUCAAGCCAAUCUUCCAAUACUACGAUGCAAAGAACCAGGAGAAGAAAGCCCGCUCAGCAGCGGAAAAGAAGGCAGACAAAGCUGCCAAGGAUGCGAUCGAAGCACCCUACACCACAUGUAUCUGGGAUGGUCGUAAGGAGCAAGUUGGUAAUUUCCGUGUCGAACCCCCCGGAUUAUUCCGUGGUCGUGGCGAGCAUCCAAAGACCGGCAAGGUCAAGCGACGGGUUACUCCAGAGAUGAUCACCAUAAAUAUCGGUAAAGAAGCAGUUGUACCUGCUCCUCCAGAGGGACACAAGUGGAAAGCCGUUCAGCAUGACAACAAAGCUACUUGGCUUGCCAUGUGGCAAGAGAAUAUCAACGGAGCCUACAAGUAUGUCAUGCUCGCUGCGAAGAGUAGUAUCAAGGGCCAAAGCGAUUACAAGAAGUUCGAAAAGGCCAGAGAGCUCAAGAAGCACAUCGACCGCAUUCGCAAGGAUUACGAGAAGGAUCUUCAUGCUGAACUCAUGGCUGAUCGCCAACGUGCCACGGCAGUUUAUCUUAUUGAUAAGUUUGCCCUGCGUGCUGGUAACGAGAAGGAUACUGAAAACGAGGCCGAGACAGUUGGCUGUUGCUCCUUGAAGUACGAGCAUGUCACGCUCAAGCCUCCGAAUACAGUCAUCUUCGACUUCCUCGGAAAGGAUAGUAUCCGAUUUUAUGAUGAGGUCGUCGUUGCCCCCCAAGUCUUCAAGAACUUGAAACUCUUCAAGAAACCUCCGAAAACGAAUGGCGAUGAUAUCUUCGACCGUCUCACUACCACACAACUUAACAAACAUCUGACGAACUACAUGCCUGGCCUGAGUGCUAAAGUUUUCCGUACCUACAACGCCUCGUACACCAUGUCGACACUGCUUCAGGGACUCAAGAACAACAACGCCAGCAUUCAAGAGAAAGUUAAGCUUUACAAUGACUGCAAUCGGCAGGUGGCCAUUCUUUGUAACCAUAAGCGUACCGUCGGGGCUAGUCAUGAAGCACAGAUGGAGAAGAUAGGCGACAGAAUCAAGGGUCUCAAGUAUCAGAAAUGGCGCACCAAGCAAAUGAUCUUGGAUAUUGACCCAAAGCAGAAAAAGAAGCUGGGGGCUGAGUAUUUCGAGCUGGAUGAAGAUCUCGAUGAAGCUUGGAUUCUCGAGCACCAGGCGUUCCUAGUCCAGGAACAGCGGACCAAAAUUGAAAAGAAGUUCCAGAAGGAUAAUGAGAAGCUCGUUGCUGAUGGUCAAAAGGAGAUGAAAGCAAAGGAGCUCGCCGAGAGACUAGAGGCUGCCGAUGAACUCGAGAAGAAAUUCAAGAGAGAGAACAAGACGAAGAAAGUCGUGGCGGAGGGUAAAAGCCCGACAGUUGAGAAAUACGAAGCAGCCAUCAAGAAGCUAGAUGAGCGGAUUACGACCAUGAUGCUCCAAGCCGAAGACCGAGAGGGCAACAAGGAGGUUGCGCUCGGUACUAGUAAGAUUAACUACAUCGAUCCUCGACUUACGGUUGUCUUCGCAAAGAAGUUCAAUGUUCCGAUCGAAAAGUUCUUCUCAAAGACGCUCCGAGAGAAAUUUACCUGGGCGAUCGAAUCCAUCGAAGAUGAUGACGACUGGGAGUUUUAA